GCAUUGAGCAGGUCCUGUCCGUUUAAACCGAGAAGACACCCAUACCAAGUCUUCAAUGCAAAAAAAAAUAAAAAAUAAAAGGAUGCCAAGAAGCUGGGACGGAGGAACGUGGGUGUAAAUAGACAGUGAACGCUGCUGCUCUCUCUCUCUCUCUCUCUCUCCUGCUCUCCUAUUUUUUUUUUCUCUCUCUCCCCCUCUCUCUCCCCCCUCUUCUUUCCUCUCUUUCUUUCUCUCUUUUAUGAAAUCAAUGAACGAGUUAUUGGGUAAGACAUAAAUACUAGGAAUCAAAGCCUCCAUCGGGACCAACUGGGCACUGCGCGCUUUUUUUAUUUUUUGCUAUGAGUCUUCGCCGCACGCUACAUGUGUUUUCCAAUCAUUGUAAAUACUGGCUUUGAUAGGACGAGAGCGGACCCUCUCUGGCACGACUUGGUCUCGGAACCCAAAUUUUCUUUUUUUUUUUUCUUUUUUUUUUUAUAUUAUUAUUUUUUUUUUCUUUUUCCUCUCCUUCUUCUUCUUCUUCACAAAAAAGAGAGAAAACGAUAACCCGCCCGUCGCCGUCUGCCGCCGUCGUCCUGUACCUCUACCCAACUCUCACCGCGGCAGGUCCGAAGAUGGCAACUUUAACCAACGGGCAGGUGGACGGCGCGGUGCACGGUGUCAGUGUCGUGUCCGCCAGCACGAACGGGCUCGUGAACGGAUUAAGCCACAGCCCGGCGGGAUGCCCGGCCACCAUACCCAUGAAGGACCACGAUGCCAUCAAACUCUUCAUCGGCCAGAUCCCCCGCAACCUGGACGAGAAGGACCUCCGGCCCCUCUUCGAGGAGUUCGGCAAGAUUUACGAGCUCACUGUGUUGAAGGACCGCUUCACGGGCAUGCACAAAGGCUGUGCCUUCCUCACCUACUGUGCCAGAGAGUCAGCCCUGAAAGCCCAGAACGCAUUGCAUGAGCAGAAGACCCUGCCAGGAAUGAACAGACCGAUCCAGGUGAAGCCAGCAGACAGUGAGAGUCGAGGAGAAGACAGAAAGCUCUUCGUGGGCAUGCUUAACAAGCAGCAGUCAGAAGAUGACGUGCGGCGCCUCUUUGAGUCCUUCGGCAGCAUCGAGGAGUGCACCAUCCUCCGAGGUCCCGACGGGAACAGCAAAGGUUGUGCGUUUGUAAAGUACUCGUCUCACGCUGAAGCUCAGGCGGCCAUCGGUGCACUACACGGCAGCCAGACGAUGCCUGGUGCCUCGUCCAGUCUGGUGGUAAAGUUCGCUGACACGGAUAAGGAGCGCACCAUCCGCCGCAUGCAGCAGAUGGCCGGUCAGAUGGGCAUCUUCAACCCCAUGGCCCUGCAGUUUGGAGCUUACGGAGCCUACGCCCAGGUGCAGCAGCAGGCAGCGUUGAUGGCGUCUGUAGGACAGGGGGGCUACCUCAGUCCUAUGGCAGCCUUUGCAGCAGCCCAGAUGCAGCACAUGGCCACCAUCAAUGGCCUCCCCGGAGCACCGCUGACCCCCACGUCAGGUGGCAGCACUCCCCCGGGCAUUAGCGCCCCCACAGUGACCAGCAUCCCCUCCCCCAUUAGCGUUAAUGGUUUUACUGGCAUGCCGCCGCCCCAGGCGAACGGCCAGCCGCCGGCAGAAGCUGUCUUCACCAACGGGAUCCACCAUUACCCGGUGUUGCAGGAGGUGGUUUUUAGGGAGGACUCGGAGAAAAACGGCCUGGGCGUGGCUCCGCGGAGUUGUUUUGGGGUUCAGGGUGGCUGCUUCCUCUCCUCUCUCUCUGAAGCAGCUCAGAGUCCCACUGCGGCCGACCCUCUCCAGCAGGCUUACACAGGAGUCCAGCAGUACGCAGCAGCCUACCCCGCCGCAUACGGUCAGAUCAGCCAAGCCUUCCCCCAUCCUCCACCCAUCAUUCCACAGCAGCAACGAGAAGGACCAGAGGGGUGCAACCUGUUCAUCUACCACCUCCCUCAGGAGUUUGGGGAUGGAGAGCUGAUGCAGAUGUUCCUGCCUUUCGGUAAUGUCAUCUCCUCCAAAGUGUUUGUGGAUCGGGCGACAAACCAAAGUAAAUGCUUUGGGUUUGUGAGCUUUGACAACCCAGGUAGUGCCCAGGCUGCCAUCCAGUCCAUGAACGGCUUCCAGAUUGGCAUGAAGAGACUGAAGGUCCAGCUCAAGAGGCCAAAGGACGCCAACCGCCCCUACUAGCCCCUUCUCCCCUGCCCCAGCCGGCCGCCGCCGUCAACAGGAAGAGACAGGAUUUGUUGAGCUGAAUAAUAUGUUGACCACUUGCUACCCACCGCUGAGCGCAAACUCAGCUUCUGGACCACAACGUCUGCUUCAGAAAAAGAGAGAAGAGAGAGAGCGAGCGAGCAUUGACCGGGUCCAGUUCACCUCCCUUUGGAUGUACUAAAACUUUUGAACUGAGAGAGCAUUUUCUGGUUAGCACCAGGACCUCUUUUCCUCCUGCACACAUAUAUACAGCUCCUCCACCUAACAAAAAAAAAAAAAAAAAAGACAACAACAAAAAAAAAACCUGCUUGAAUGACAGCUACCUUUGUCUGGACCACUGAGACUUUUACUUGAACGCAGAGAGGGGAAAAAAGUAAAAGAUCCUCCAUAAAAUCGACUGGUAAUGACCAACUCCACUAAACUCUCCAAGGGGGUUUUGGACGCCAAAAGUCCAAGAGGAAAAACAAACUUCUUAAAAACUGAACAGUGGAUUGCCGUAGGAGAUCCUUCUGAGAGACGGUUUCAAGGGUGUGUGGGUUUAUUGUUUUUUGGUUUUUUUUGGACAUCUGACUUUUGAAGGCCAAUUUCUAAGACUUCAAGCCACCGGGAGCAAAUAGAGAGAGAGAAAGAGAGGCGAGGUAGGGAAUGAGACAUUUCCGGGACAGAUUUGGGAUGGCCACCUUCAGCUCGGAGUGCCUGUCUGUUUCCAGGGAACACCGUUGCCGAGGAGAGCCGCAGCAACGGAUUCCAGGGAGUCUUAUCCGUCAUUCCUUAGUUGUUUUAGGGACCAAAAGACCAAACGUUUUUAUCGCUGAGGACUUGUAGCUCUAAUAUACUCGGACCACCGCAUCUCCUUUCGGGUCAGCGUCGCCUGCCUGGAGAGUUGCACUUAAAAGCAAGUGUACAUUUCGAAUAUAUACAAAAACCUGUAUAUAUACAUAUAUAUAUUGCCGAUAUGCUUUUUUUGAAUACAGGCAGAACUAUUUCAGACGACCAAAAGGGGUCUCUCACUUCGCUAGUUUACAAUUACGCAAAAUGUUUAUUUUUGUUCCCCUUUUCGUUUUUGUCUCGGGAGGGAUGGCGAGUGCAUGGGAGGGGCUGCUCCGUAUCACAGCCUUAUCUUUUUUAAAAUCGACAUCCUAACCUCACAGAUAAAAUAACAUCCGAAACGUUUGAAAUAUACGAACUUGUUUAUAUUUGCAGUACAUAUAUAUGUAUAACGAGCAUUCAAGCAAAUGUAUUCAUAUAUAUACGGUAUAUAUGGAUAAUAGAUAUUAAUCACAAAUAUCUGUAUUUAUAUGCACAUAUUUUAUAUAUGUGCGACUGUACAUAGAGCGGCUACUGACUACGUUGAGCUGUUAUAUAUAUUUUUUUCUUUUUUGUAGAUUUUAGAAGGAGUUUGAAGCAUUGCUCUGUUUGGGAAGAGAACCACACAUCUGGCAGCUCCCCAAAAACUGCAGGCAUUCCUAUCUCUGAUAACCUAUAUGCUGACACACGACAUGUUGCUAAAAAAGAAAAAGAAGAAAGAUCAGCGCGUGUGAGAAAACGUAUCUUCUGUAAAUAUUAUCUGAAAAAUGCAAAAAGCCACCUCUCAGUAGCAGGCUUUAAGGGAAUCGGGCUAAAGAGGAUUUUCUUUAGAGGAAAAGGACAAUUAUCUUCGACUCUAUUCCAAAACAUAUCAUGUGAGCUCACACACACACACACACACACACACACACACACACAAACUUCUCUUUGAAAC